AUGUCUGUCUUCCUUGUGAUAAACCCCUCCUUGGAGACGUUUAGUGGUUCCACAGAACAAGACCAAAUGUGUUUGUGCAAUUUAUGUCUUCUUCUCCGUCUUGAUAGUAUCUGCCCUGCCACAAAUCUGCCUUUUUUUGUGUCUUUCUACCAAGGCUUCGGCUUCGGAGUGAUGAUUCUUGACGGGUUCAAGAUAGCUGAACGCUGGGAGCACACGGACGAGGACAACUCCAACUAUAGCAUCCUCUGGAUCCCAAAGCAUCUGGUUCACUUCCUGUACAUAUUUUGGCAAACCUACUUCAUCUUCAAGUAUCACAGAAUUGUUUUCAAUGUGCAAAAGUUCUUCCUCCGCUUCCUCCUGAGCCACAUGGCCGUGGCCAACCUCUGCCAAUGGCUGAAAACUGUAGUGGAGGAGAUCACAGCCGAACGGGCCCACGACUCAGAGACUCCUCAUUUUGAGGGACUCCAUCCGCCGGCCUCAGGCUCGGCUGGUCACCCGAAAACCCACUCGGAAUGGCACCUUCCGAGCAAUUUGCAUCACACUCAGCCGUCGUCCAUGCUCGAAGCUGCCUCAGUAACGGCAGUCAAUUCACCCUCGAACCAUCUUGGCAAGCAAAGUGUCAUUUGA